AUGGAACACUUAUUUGCGUCUCUGGCGCAUAUCCGCAUACUGUUACUUCCGGUAGGGAACAUACAGCGGGCGACGUUCGACGGAUGGGCCGGAGACAUUAAGGAUUUCGAGGAAAUACGUUUGAGCGAUGUGCCCGCUGACAGUCGAGAAGAUAGAGCUCGUUUCAUGCCGAAUCCACUUGCUACUGGGACUCUAUUUCUGAGCUUUCUAAGGCACCCUCCAUCUCCUUCAUGUGGAAAGCUUGACUUGUUUCGUCCAUCUGAAUUUCCCCUUGGGGUCGUUGGAAUCGCCAAUUGCUCACAGUCCGAUGCCUUAUCAUCCAUAUACUCGCAAUUUAACGGGACUCUCGCGGAGUUAUUCCCUCCCGACUCAAUUUUCCCACUUGCACGAAACUGCUUUGUUUUUGAAGAAGGAGAUGGGAAUACCAAUCUGAACAUAGGGAAUCAUAUGCCAGGCCUGGUGGUAAUCCCGAGUAUGAUGGGAAACAAAAAGUUGUACAUUGGUACGCUUCUGGCCGAGCUAUGUUCAAAUAUUCUAGGCGAGUUUUCUAUGAUGAUAAAGACGCUAGAAUCCUCAGCCGGGACCGACGCACUUAAUGCUGGAUUACUCGCACGUAUGCCACUUUACAAAUCAAGCCGUGCGUCGCUAGAUGCUCAAGAUGCUGGGAGGCCCUCCAGCGUCGCGUCUCCUUUACAUACUCUUCCGGAGAAUGGUUUAUCUACUCGCCAGUCAGAUCCAAGGUUAAACAUGAAACGCGCUUCUACACUAGGACCUGGUAUCGGUGGAACGAGUAAUCGAAGCUCACAGCAAAUGGUACAGUCAAAGCGCCAGGGUACACUCUCUUCUUCCUCAACGAAACAUGCGAGAUUGUACAAAGUCUUGGGAGACCUAUUUCUCCUUGCUGGUCGGACGAUGGAUGCCUCAAUAUGGUACAAUGAAGCAGUUCAUGUUCUAAAGCAGCCACAAGAUCUGAUGUGGCAGGCGUCGGCCUUGGAAGGUGUUGCCAUCGCGGGGGUGAUAGAUGCCUGGUCUACCAUAAAUAGUCCGGUCACUGCGAAUAACCAGUUAGCAGACACAUGGAGGGACCUCGCUGAGAAACUGUCGAGCGCCGUGUCCCUGUAUUAUUCUGCGGCUGAGGUUGCCGAAGCCGAGGGCUGUAUGCCUGAACUAUCGUUCCUGUACAUUAAUGCUUGCAUCCGUCAUGCCUCACUCAUGUAUUACAUGUGCUUAGCAGACGGCAUGCAUCCCCUCGCAUUUGACGGCCUACUCCACGGUCGAAUGGGCGAUCGGCAGUCUGAUGAUAAGAUACGAUUAAACCUCAUCAGCGGACGUUCGGGAAUCUCACGCUCAGAUAUCUCGGAGAUCCUUGCGCAAGCUCAUGGGCCCUGGCUAUUACAUCUUAGCUCUCGUGAACGCAUCGGGGCUCUUCGAGGUCUUGCCCAAAUGUAUUCGGGUUUGUUCUAUAGACGGAAAGAAGCCUAUGUUCUGAGAGAGCUCUUAGCCUGUCUGAUGGAUCUUGUAGUUCAAGGCCGCGAAGAAGCAAGAGGGUCGUCUGACCUGUCAUUGGUUGCAUCCAACAGUUCAAGUCCAAAUGUAGCCAUCAAAGAGAAUAAUGUCGGUGUGCGAGAGAGAGAUGACGUGGUCGGCAACGCAAGUAUUCUGCGACUCGUGAAGUACGUCUGUGAAGUGCACGGCGUCGACUUGGGUCAUGUCAGAUUCGCCACCAGCGGCGGUAGUAACGAGCGCCAGCAACGUCCCUCAUCAGAGAUACGGCCGGUCAAGCAUCAGGCAUCAAGCCAACCCUCGCGCCGAUACACCUGGUCAGAGCUUCAGGUGGGAUUAAUCAGGGAGUCACUCGCAGUUGCAGAAGCUCUACCCGAUUACGCAGCUGUUGUCCUAUUUGCUCUGUCUGCUCUGCAAGAUCUAUAUUCCUUACUUGACCCAGAAGACCAGUUCCAUUUCCACACUGCCGCUUCACGUGCUCUUGCAACGCUUAGACGUCGAGGAGAUGAUAGGAAGCUGGGAUACUGGCUGGACGAACUUAUUCUCAAUGUGCGCUACGUACCGAUGCCCUUUGGUAAACUACCUCUCGAGAGGCCAUGGUCAGAUAUCCAGGAACAGGCAGGGAGUGGUGAAGAGCUUGCUAGAACUGAUCCUUUUCUGUUUAAUCCGAGACGGCUGUUAAGCAAUAAGCGCCAAGCAUUUGCCGUUGCCAACGAACUCAUAGAAUUUGUUGUUACAUUGGAAAAUCCGUAUUCUGUGGCGCUUGACAUUCUUGAAGUGCAACUCAGUACUUCUGGUGCCCCCUUUGUUGGGAAGCCCCAACCAGUCGUAAUUCCCGGUAACUCGUUUGAAACUGUAACAUUAUCUGGUCAGGCUACGGAAGCUGGCAUACUUGUUGUGCGCGGGUGUAGCGUGCUAUUACCAGGAACCGAACGACACGAGACACUACUUCCUAUACUUAGCGAGGACGAAGAAGAAAGCCGCUUUUUAAAAGCCAUCGCGAACUUAAAUGAAGAGGGGAGGUCAAAAACACCCUCUCUGAAUGAGAGGUUUGAUAGAAGGCGUAAACACACUAGUGCGAUUUCUUCAGACGCUGGCGAAAAAGCACCCAAACCGAUAAAAUAUUUGGAGUUAAAGAUUGUCCCAGAGCAACCGUACCUGCGAAUACGUCGGACAUCACUCACGAAUGGUGCCGUCAUGGUCUACGAUGGUGAAACAUCGAUCAUUCGCCUCACUGUUGAGAACGUUUCCAGCCUUCCGAUUGACUUCCUUGAUCUCUCGUUCGAGGACUCAACGAAAGCACAGCUCGAGCAGCUACUCAAUGAGGAUCUGAAUGCGUUCGAUACGUACGAGACGGAGUAUAGUUUAGUGCAGAGGCCCGUGUUCUCUUGGGAGCCAGACAAAACUCGAAAAGAUAUUCCUCCUGGGAAGGAAAGCGUCAUCCUCGUCAAGUGCUUCGGGAAAGCGGGAUGCACCGACGGAACGAUACACAUAUCGUAUUCCUAUGCUCAUCGACCGCGCGAUGGCUCUAAUACUCCGCAAACUGCAUUCUAUACGCGACAAUUGCUGUUUCCGGUCCUUGUAUCCGUUUACCAAAUGCUAGAGUGUUCAGGAAUGAAUAUUCUGCCGUUAUCUGCCUUGGCGGAUGCAGAAGAUGUACGGAAUGAAUGGGGCAGCCUGUUAGCCGAUAUUGACGAUGUCGCUUGGUGCGUCCUUGCGCUGGACGUGCAGAAUAUGUACGGAUUGGCUUUCGAAGUCAUUCUGUCGUAUAAUUCAGAAGUUUCAACCUCACGGGUGAUCCCACCAGGAUCAACAUAUAGAUUAUUAUUGCCCAUUGAGCGAUUCUCUCUACUAGCAUCUGCGUGCGAUAAACCUAUACCUUCUUUAAUGAACCGACAAUUCGUAGUUUCUGGCCUAGCAAGCGAUGAGGAUAAAGCUCAAAGGGAACUCUUCUGGCACAGAGAGGAACUCCUGAAGAGGGUGCAUGCGUCCUGGAAAGAGGCUGCAGGGUCCAGAACAGGAGAGUUGUCAUUGCGACAGCAACGUUUCACUCAGCCGAUGCUGAACACCCUCCGAAUGGACGAUAUACGCGUUAGUUUGUCCUUGUCAGACAUCCAGGGCAGUGAAUCGUCUACACAUGGCAGAGGGACCUAUGUUGCAUCUCCUAAUGAAUACGUAGUGGUGACAGCAACAGUGCAGAAUCUGACGCCUUCAUCCCUUGUGCUAUCACUUUCGCUCAGCGCUGAACCUUCUGAAAGUGUCUUAUACGAUGGUUCCCUGAAAGACAUCCCUCUUGGUCGUAUAGCAAGUCAAGAGUCGAAGGAGCAUCAGGCUACCGUCAUUUUCGUGGCUCAAGGCAACUUCAGGGUCUUCGCACAAGUUCGGGAGGUGGUCGUUGGCCAAGAGUCAAGAGUGUGUGGGAUGGGGCAUAUCGUGGUGGAGUCGCGGGACGAUUGA